CCCACCACCCCAAAAUGAAGCGUAAGGUUCCCGAACGCAUCCCCAAACCACAAUUGCAGAUCCGAUCUCCUUCACAGAGACGUCAAGGCCUUCGUCGGAGCUCCGAUUCCCUGUUCCCCCCAAAUCCCACAGACACCAGCUGCAGGAAAGGAGUCAAAUCUUUGAAUCUCGAUGACGAAAAUCGCAGACCUCCGAGAAUUGAAUCGGAUAAUGCCAAGACUUCCGAGUAUGCCUUCUUUAAGAAAUUGAAGGAGGAUGUGAGCAAUAAUCAUCAGUCUUGUUGUUCUAAGAGUAAUCAGGCCUGUCGAGGAAGCAGUUCAAAGCCGAGAGACAGUUCCGGAGAGAGGACUAGCAGUAUUCAGAAUAAGUGCGAUAACAUCAGGUCCGCGGGGGUCAACAAAGAUGCCAUACCGGAGGGAUUUGAGUCAUCUCACGCACUAAAUGGCAGUGCGUUAAGAGAGACAGGAAAAGGAUUAGAUCUCUUUGAAGAAGUAGAAUCUCAAACCAGGCACACAAAUGUAUUCGAAAGGAAGAGACGGAAAUUACUUCAGUGGGUCAGAGAAACCUCCUUUCCUGAAAUUGAUGAUUAUUGUAUGGAUGGGUCCAAUUUGGUAUCAGUCCUCCUCAAUCGGCUGAUCCCGAAGAGCUGUGAGAACAAUAGUGUUAAGAAUCCGAAGUUGAUGGAAGUGUUGCCCAGUGAAAAGUCUAUGCCACUUCCAUCCCUUGAGUCAGAUAUUCAUUUCAAGGAACUUCAAUUGCCACCUGCGGAAAGCCUUAUGGAUCUUGGUUCUGACCCUUUUUCGGGUGAUUCUACAUUAUCUUGUUUGUCAAAAAGAUCCAGAGGGAUUGUUUCUUGCUCCUAUUCUCCAACUAGUUCUACUUAUAAGAACUAUCUUGAUUACACAGUGUGGGAACCUGACUCUGCAUUAUUACUAGGAGGAAGCGCAGUUUCAUGUCCAAAUAUUGAUUCAAAUUCUAUUCUCCCACUCGAAGAAUUUGGAUUGGCAACAUCUGGCUGUGUCAAAGAACUGGAUAUAUUAUAUCCGCCACAUAAAUAUAUGCAUGGAAGAGAGCCAUAUGCUCCUAUGCUGGGUUGGGAUUUUGAUAGGAUGGACGAAGGAAAAUUAUCUAACUUGUCCAGACACAGGGCUGACUUGGAACUACUAGGAAGUUGUACAAUGUCAUGUCCUAUGAUUGAUUCAGUUAAUGUUUUUCCAUUCAGUGAUAAUGGAUUGAGGGAACCUAGCCAUGUUAAAGAGCUGGAUAUCUUCUGUCAGCCAAGUGAAUAUUUGGUUGAGAAACCACAAUGUGCCCCUAUGCUGGGCUGGAAUUUUGAUAGCACAAAUGAAGAAAGUAAUGCACAUAGCUUAUCAAGAUAUAGAGCUGGUUGUGAAUUAUUGAGAAAUAGUGCAGUAUCAGGCUCUAUGGGUGGCGCAGAUUCUGUGGUUCCAUUUAAAGAAUACGGAUUGAGGGCGUCAGGUCAUGUUGAAGAGCUGGAUAUUUUCUGUCGGCCAAACAAAUAUUUGGAUGGAAAAGAGCCUUGCACUCUGAUGCUAGAUUGGGAUUUUGACUAUGCAAUUGAAGAAAGAAACUCAUCAAACCUAUUCAGACAUUCAGCUGAAUACACACCUGCAUGCCUGACCAGUUAUAACAAAAGUGAUGUUGAAAGACUGUGUCUUGAAGGCAGAUACGACCUACAAUCAGAUUUCAGCAAAUUGAGCUCCCCUCAACCCUAUCCUGCAUACCAAACGAUCUAAAUCAAGCCAAGGGUUGCAUUUAUAGCAGCGUAUGGGAAGGUGGCACAACCAUUUUUCCUCUCCAAAAUGAUCAUUGGUUUAAGCGGAAGAUUAUCAAUGAGGGGCAUCCUUAUUCUAAUGCAGAAUCUCUCCUUCAGCUAAGUAGUUCCUCGGGGGAGCAUUACCCAUCUACUUGCCAUGCUCUAGAAUUUCCUGGAGAGGAAGGUAUAUCUUCCCAUCUUCUUACUUAUGAUGAUAUGAACAUCAGAUGCCUGACUGACUCAACUCAUAAAAGAGCUGUGACUUAUUUCAUGAGAGAUAAUGUUAACAUCCACAACAGCUCAGCCCUUUGCCUCCAGAUAUCGCUCAACAGACAGAAGGCAUGGCCCUUGGGAAUUGAUAUUGAUAAGGCAAGCUGGGAUGUGAGUGAGAGGGAGAUAAGUUUUGGCUGUGAUGUCAAUCAAAUUUAAUUGUGAAGUGUAAUGGCUGGAUAAGCUUCAAAUUUUGGGGCAGACAUUAGUUUUUGAGGGUCGCAGCAAUAUGUUCAGGUAGCAGUUGCAACAUCUAUGAAUCACAGUACAGGCUUUCUUUAUUUUCUGAUGAGAUGAUAACUAAACAUCGGGGGUUGAAUGCUCAUUAUGUCAAACCAUUAUUAUCUAGCAGGUUCUUGCUAAAUGUUGUCUGCUCUUAUCAGAAAGAAUGCAAGUUGACAUUUGCCCCAGGUUCUUGCUAUAUAUAUGUUAACGUCAACUUUUAGUGUCAACAGCAUGAUAACACAUUCAUACCUCUCAGGUGGCUCGGGAUUUAGGUGGAAGUAUGAUCACUCUCGUGUAGGUUCUACUUACGCCAAUGAGUUCUAUCAUUUCGCAAUAUGUAAGCGCUCAAUAUGGUACAAAUAGUUUUACAGUAUUUCAUAUGAAACUCAAAGUAUUGUACAUGUGAAUGGUUUCUUUAGAAUCAAGG